AUGUUCGAUAAUUGGUAUAAAGAAGAAUUUGAGAUCUCCGUCACAGCUUUUAAAAAUGCAGCCUAUUUCAUUGCUAUCACUUCGACUGUAUACAAAUUGAUUUUAGGAUUUUAUUUAGGCUUUGACUUUGUGUGGACAAUUCCAAGCAUUCUGAUGACCAUAACGAUUGUGCUUUCUAUUAUUAUGGUCAGGUCUAAUGUAAUAAAAUAUAAUCCAAUCUCAUCAGUAAUUGUAAUUUUUGCGACAGAAAUAAUGAAUUUUGGGCUUUAUUAUAUUUCCUUAUCUUUAAAAGAAGAAAACAAGGCAAUUAUCAUAAUAGAGUCAACAAUGGUUCUAUGCAUUCAAAAAUAUUUUGUCAAAAGUUUAUGGUUUCUCUUAUUUUUGAUAGGAAAACACGUCUUUAUAUGGCAUGGCUGAAAGCUUCUAUCAGGCCAAAUCUUAUUAUCAUCUCCUAAUGAAAUCUAUGGGCCAUUCCUUAUAAUUUUUAUUCAUAUUUAUGAAGAAUCCUAUAGAAGAUCAAAAAGCUUUGACCGAUACGCAUUUAGAAGAAAAUUAGAGCAAGCUGAAAAAAGCCUUGCAGUAAUUUUACAAGCUUUCCCAGAUGGAUUGAUUGUGUUCAACGAUGAAUUUAUUCCAACUUUUAUCAACGAUAAAAUGAUACUCUACGUUGGAGCAUCAUUAGAAAACGUCACAGCAAAGUUAAGGGGCUUGAAGUAUGUCGAAGGCAAAAAAUUUGAAAAUCAGUACUCUAACUCUGAAUUUUUAAUUGAUUGCCUGCAUUCAUUAAAGUCUUUGCCAAUUAAUAAUGAGCUGUCCUUAGGAAUAGUAAAAAUUGGGGCCAUUAAUUUAGAAUGAAAAGCCAAAAAAAUUCUGUGGAAAGAUCAAGAAGCGCUUUUAGUGAGUGCUAGCAAUGCCAAUCAGAUUAUAGAGCUUGAGCAAACUUCAGCACAAAAUAAAUACAAAACUCUGAUAUUAGGGUCAAUUUCAGAUGAAAUUAAAAAUCCAAUGACCGAAAUAUUAAAAUUAAUUGACCAGAUUUUUGAUGAUCAUGGAGAUAGAUUAGGAAGUGAACUUUUAGGGAAGCUGGUCCAAAUAAGAGUUUUCACCAACAUUUUAACUCAUUUUAUUAGUAAUUUGCUUGAUUUUUCUCAAAUUAUCCAAGAAGAAUUUAAAUUGCACAAGCAAGAAUUCAAUAUCCGGACUAUAUUGAGGGGAUGCUAUAAUUUAUAUAAUAUACUGGCUCAGAAGAAAAAUAUAAAACUGUCUUUAAGAAUAGACCCUGGCAUUCCUGAAAUUGUGAAUACGGAUUCCCAAAGAUUUUGCCAAAUAAUAAUAAAUCUUUUGAGCAAUGCUUUGAAGUAAUUUUUAUUUAGAUUUACCAACAGAGGACAAAUUGAACUGUGUGCUUUAUUGAAUAAAAAUAAUGGGCUUAAAAUUAUGGUUUCAGAUACAGGAAUUGGUAUACCAAAAGAAAGGCUUAAACAGCUGAAUUCGCCAUCAAUAGGUUAUUGCUGCAAUUAUUCACAGUCGGGAGAGCUUGGCUUGCAUAUUUCAAAAAUACUCGUCCAAAAGCUAGGAGGAUCUGGAGUUCAUAUUUCAUCGUCACUUUUUCAAGGCUCUGCUUUCUAUUUUACCUUGCAUUUAUUUGAGGGGUGCUCUUUUUUCAAUUCUCUUGACCAAAGUUUUGAAAAUUCAGUGUGUGAAGCUGAUUCUAUUAACUCUUUUCCACAGAAAAUAUAUAAUAAAAGCUCCCACCCUCAAGUCCUUAUUGUUGAUGAUAGUGAUUUCAGCAGAGAAGUUAUUGCAUCAUUUUUAAGGAAAAUAAAUGUUCCAUAUAUUGAAGCUUUAAGCGGAAAACAAGCAAUAAAACAAAUAUUGUGGCAAGAUGAUAGAAAAAAGCCGGUGAAAUUAGUAAUAAUGGACUGCGUUAUGCCAAGCCUAGAUGGGUGGGAAGUUUCGAAAAAAAUAAAAAAUCUGUAUCAAGAUAGAAAAAUAAGCUCGAUGCCGAAUAUUGUUGGGAUUACUGCAAAUCUGUCAGAUGAAAAUGUGAUUAAAUGCUAUUCAUCUGGGAUGAAAUUUUACAUAGCCAAGCCUAUUAACUCGGAUCUCAUUCUAAACACAGUUACUAAUUUUAUUAUUAUCUAG